AGAGAGAGAGAGAAAGGGGUUUGUUAGGAUUAUUAGAUCAAUUUUUUCUAAGAAAAAUAAUGGUGAAAGCGCACAGAAGAAAGUUGCGUUUCUCGGAGAGGUCGCCUCAAUUCUUCAAGCUCUAUUUACCUAAUCUCUGCUCUCUUCGACUGCGCAUCCCACCGGCAUUUGUUAAGUAUUUCGAUGGAGUUUUGCCUCACAAGUCUACAAUUACAAGUUCAGCAAAAAGAUGGCAAGUAAAUAUGAAUCAGGUCAACGAUGAUUUGUAUUUCGACAAGGGUUGGAAGCAAUUUGUGCAGGAUAAUUCAUUAGAAUUCGGGGACUUUCUCAUUUUUUACUAUGGUGGUAAUGCAAAAUUUUAUGUCAAAAUAUAUGGGAAAAAUGGUUGUCAAAAGGAGGUCACUAAUCCCACCGGGGAGACUCACCAAGAGAAUGAAACAAUUGACCAUAGUAAGUCUUGCCAGAUUGCAUGCAGAACCAGUAGCAAGAAAGUUAUCAGGAAAAAACAUUUGAGCCCGAGAGUUCCAAACGAAAUUCAAGAGGAUGACAUUGACAGAGAACUUAGAGAUAAAUUCAAGUCCAAAUUUCCAUUCUUCAGGGUUGUUAUGAGUUCUACUUAUCUUAAGCGUGGAAUAAUGAAUAUACCAGCAAGCUUCCUCAAGAGCUACGUGGAAAAGGAUAGAGAGAGUGUUACACUUCUCUCUUCAGAUAAAUUGUGGCCAGUGAAAUUGGUCCGAUAUUUAGGAACUGUAUGCAGGUUCUCUAGUGGUUGGCACAUGUUUUGCAAGGAAAACGCAAUAAAAAAAGGUGAUGUUUGUGUCUUCGAGCUUGUUGAGAGAGAUGAUUUUACUCUGAAAGUUUCUAUUUUUGAACGUGUAGGUUGAGUGAUUGUUUACAAUUGCUAUGUUGAAUGUUUUUUAAAGCAAUUUUUUUACUUGUUGGAGAUAGCUUAUAUAUAUGCAGUCAAGCUUUUUUCGCUCCCUA